GACCGACAGACCGACCGUCCGUCCGUCCGGCAGCGUCGCUGCGGGGAGGCCGGAAGCCUCGGCCCCGGCCUUGGCCCCGGCCGGCCUCGGUCCCGCGGGCGUGGCGGCACCAUGGCCUGCCUGUUCAAGAAGAAGACGGUAGACGAUGUAAUAAAGGAACAGAAUCGAGAGUUACGAGGUACACAGAGAGCCAUAAUCCGAGAUCGAGCAGCUUUAGAGAAACAGGAGAAACAGCUGGAGCUGGAAAUUAAGAAAAUGGCCAAGACAGGUAACAAAGAAGCUUGCAAGGUUUUAGCAAAGCAACUAGUGCAACUGCGAAAACAGAAGACUAGAACAUUUGCUGUAAGUUCGAAAGUGACCUCUAUGUCUACACAAACCAAAGUGAUGAACUCCCAAAUGAAGAUGGCUGGAGCUAUGUCAACUACAGCAAAAACAAUGCAAGCAGUUAACAAGAAGAUGGAUCCACAGAAGACGUUACAAACAAUGCAGAAUUUUCAAAAAGAAAACAUGAAAAUGGAAAUGACAGAAGAAAUGAUAAAUGAUACACUGGAUGAUAUUUUUGAUGGAUCUGAUGAUGAAGAAGAAAGCCAAGACAUUGUGAACCAAGUGCUUGAUGAAAUUGGAAUUGAGAUAUCUGGAAAGAUGGCCAAAGCUCCCUCAGCUGCAAGAGGCUUACCAUCCACAUCGUCAUCAAAAGCUGCUACCAUUUCUGAUGAAGAAAUUGAACGGCAACUUAAAGCUUUGGGAGUGGACUAGUUAAAAGUCUAAAUGUCCAUCAUCUUCUAUUUGUAAUUAUUUAGAUGGGUGUCAGUAUACAACAUGUACAGUGCAGUUUUCUUUGCAAGACUAUAUAGAUUUUGUGGGGAAAACAGGCUCUGUAAAUGAGGAUUUGUUGACACUUAAUGGCUGUUUUAAAUCUUUUGCCAAAGAAUAAUGCAGCAGAAAAGCAAUUUGGAUUUAAUUUGCCGGAACUUUGCAAAUCUCCCUGAUGCAUGGUACAGUAUUUAAAGUCAGUGGUUAAGUCCAGACUGUGCCUAUGUUAAGGAAUUUUUCCCCUCCACCAGGCAUUAACUGGAAGAGGCUUGGAAAAAAAAAUGAAAGCAUUACCUUUACUACUGUAUAGUUGAUUAUUUUAGAAUGGAUGUAUUUAUCUUAAGGGAGUCGACCUGGCAGUUUUUUUUUUUAAUUUUCAAAGAGGAAAGUUCCUCUCUGUAGCCGACUUAAAAAGUUUCAUAAUAGUUUUCUUUGCAGACCCAGCGUUGAUAAAUUUGGGCAUCAAAGGUUUACAGAUCUUCAAAUACCGAGUGCACAUGAAUAAAAUCAAUGUUUGCCUAAUAGUGUAGAACCUUUUGAAAAUUCCCCUUUUUAUUUUACAGGGUUCCUACUUUUAGAUUAAGCGUAAGUUACCACGAAGGGCACCAAAUGACGUAAUGUAAUGUAACACCCAUCAGAUUUGUGCCUUUCUGCAGAUGACACACAUAGUCCUGAUUCCUUGAAAACUGAAAUCACUACCAUGAAGCAAAGAUUAUUUAUGAAUUCACACACCGUUAAAUAGGAAAUAUUAAACUAACCAGCUACUUCAAACAACUAAUUGCAAAGUAAUACAGUUUUGCCAGGAUCCUGCCUAAAACUUGAUUUGUAUGUUACUGUACUAUGCACUAUUUUUGUCAGUUGUGGAGAUGCUGUAGUGUUUAAUGUUCAUAGUGGAAGAUUAAGCAUACAAACAAUUUUUAAGUCCGCCUGUAUAGGGUAGUUUUGAAAAAUGGCUUGAAAGAAGACCAGUUGACGCAUCUAUUUCUGGUUGCCUGCCCUUCUGACCAUCUGGUAAGAGGUUUUUCCUCAGUGAUUGUCCUGUCCACCAUGCUUGGUGUGCUGAAACUUGUUGGCCAUAAUCACAUUUUAAAUUAGCUCAAAGCUGAGGAUUCGGUAUGGGAAAUCAGUCCAUGUAACUUUCUGGAUCAGUAAGGGGCCAACUGUAGUUUCCAGGAAGAAACCACAAAAUAGAUUGGGAUUUGUGCUGUAUAUACUAAUGUGGAUCCUUUCUUCUGUUGCUUAUGGGGGAAUCUCUGUUUACAAAUUAUUUUGUAAAAAGAAAAAAUACAAUAAAGCCUUUUAUUCCCAUAA